AUGGCCGCCGUCGGAGGAGGAGUCCACGAAUCCCACUGUUCCGAAAACAUCCUCGAAGAUGACGGCCUCGCUCGCUUCGCCGUCCAAGAGCACAACACCAAGGAGAAUGCUCUGCUAGAGUUUUUAAGGGUUGUGAAGACCAAGCAACAAGUGGUUUCGGGCACUGUGUACUAUCUCACUAUUGAGGCCACCGAUGGGGGUCAGAAGAAGCUUUUUGAGGCUAAGGUCUGGGUUAAGCCUCCAAUUGCGAUAGAAGGUCUUGCAAUGAUUAAGAUGCUUCUAAAGGUCACUGGAGCAAAGCAGAGAAACUAA